AUGAGGAAUAAUGGGUUUGAUGUAUUGGUUGAUGAGGUAUCUUCAUUUUGUGACAAACAUCAUAUUGAUGUUCCUAACAUGGAUGAGGCAUUCGUACUUUCAGGGAGGUCAAGGCGUAAUGCUCCUAUAAAGACAAAUCGUCAUCAUUAUCGUGUGGAUCUCUUUAUUUAUGUCAUUGAUGAGCAACUUACGAAGUUAGAUGAUCGUUUUAAUGAGGUAAAUACUGAGUUGCUUAUUUGUUUGGCAUGUUUGAGUCCAAAUGAUUCAUUUGUCGCUUUUGAUAAACAAAAGCUACUUCGUCUUGCUCAAUUUUAUCCUCAAGACUUUUCGGAUGGGGAUCUUUUGGCACUUGAAGAUCAACUUGAGCUUUAUAUUCAUUAUGUGCGUUCGAGUAGUAAUUUCUCUGAAUUGCAAAGGAUUGGUGGUCUUGCAAAAACAAUGGUGGAGACAAGGAUGCAUCGAGCAUUCAAUUAUGUGUAUUUGCUUAUUACAUUGGCUUUAGUUUUACUGGUUGCAACUGCUUCAGCCAAAAUGGUUAUUGACAACAAGGUCAAAGAAUCAAAACUAAAAGACGCAUCAGCUUCCAAGGCUUCCGCUUCCGCUUCCAUGGACAAUGCUUUCGCUUCCAAGAAAGCCGAGAAAGAAAGUUUCUUGAAACAUUUUUUCAAGAAAGAAGUGGAUCCAGAGUCAAAUGACCAAGAUGUCGAUUCAGAGCUAGAGGACCAAGCUUUCAUGGAAUCACUUUUCCAGGAAGAAGUCGAGUCAUAG